GCUCAGUCACAAGUUGCUUACACUGGGGAGCUAGAUAAGCGGAAGAAAAUGGAAGAAGUGCGCCCGAAUUUAGUACAGGCCGAAGAUUCUGGCAAAGCAAAGACACCACCAGUUCAAGCAAGCGAUACUGAGCCCUCUGCGCCUAAGCCUACAUCACCUAAUCCUGCAUCAGCUAAACCUGCAUCAGCUAAGCCUGCAGCAACUAAGACUACUGCUACAACAAAGAAACUAAAGAAAUGA